AUGGCCAACGAUCAACCAGAUCGAAAUAAUCGUCAUUCAUCUCGAUCUCGUUCUCGCGAUCGUAAAUCGCGUCGACAUCAUGAUCGUUCACGUGAACGAGAUAAUAAACGUCGACGUUCACCAAAUGAUAAUAAUAAUCGAAAUAAACAUAGUCGUUCACGUUCACCAAAAGAACGCUCACCAAAAGAACGCUCGCCAAAAGAACGCUCACCAAAAGAACGUUCACCAAAAGAACGUUCAAAAAAAGAAAAUAAAAAUGAAAAAAAAAUCAUACGAAAAUAUAAAUACUGGGAUGUACCACCAGCUGGUUUUGAACAUAUUACACCUGUUCAAUAUAAAGCUAUGCAAGCAUCCGGUCAAAUUUCGCAAAUAUUUAGUGGAAAAGAUUGGAGUGCAAAUACUGCUGCAGCUACACCAGUACUUGGUAGUCAUGUUGUUCAUCAAUCCCGACGAUUAUACGUUGGAAAUAUUCCAUUCGGAGUUUCAGAAAAUGCAAUGAUGGAAUUUUUUAAUCAACAAAUGCAACUUACUGGUCUAUCACAAACAGAAGGACAUCCAGUUAUUGCCGUUCAAAUAAAUCUUGAUAAAAAUUUUGCUUUUCUUGAAUUUCGUUCAAUUGAUGAAACAACAGCUGCUAUGGCGUUUGAUGGAAUAGUUUUUCAAGGACAAUCACUUAAAAUUCGUCGACCAAGAGAUUAUCAACCAAUGCCAGGAGGAGGUGAUCAACCAAAUAUGAAUGUACCUGGAGUUGUUUCAACUGUUGUCGCUGAUUCACCAUUCAAAAUAUUUAUUGGUGGUUUACCUAAUUAUUUAACUGAUGAUCAGGUAGGUGGGAAUUAG